CGACCGGUGAGAACGAAUCCCUUACCGGGCCGGGUGCCUCAAAUCUGAACACUCAGUGACUGACAGCUGAUCAAAUCUUCAUAUUUUACAGUACUGACCAUUUCUCCCACGCUGGACGCUACCGACGCGCAUCGUUUUUCUUUAGAAGACUAUUUAUUCUCUCCGUCAUGUCAGAGCGACAAGUCGAACUCGCCCAUGGGUUCCCCACUGAUGUAUGAAUCGGAUCCCCGAGAAUACGGCGGGAAGAAGACCCGUGACAACCACUCGAUUUUCACCGACGAUCACACUAACGUACUCGACCUGGAUCCACAAGAGAUUGCCUUUGAUUUUGAACCAUAUAUACUCAAUCCGGCACCUGGUGUGCCCAACCCAGUCGCUGUCACAUCUACUGCACCGCCAGUUAAUACUCAACCGACCACAGUAAGUGACUUGACAACUGUAAACCUGGGUAUUUUUAACCAGGCCCAAGAAACAGCAGCCACUUAUCAAACUGUUCCACAGAUGCCCCCGGUCCAGCUGUUCAUGCAACCAGAGGAACCGGCUAUUCCCAGGAACUUCGAUCUGACAACUGAAAACUCAGUGGACAUUCAAGCCUUGCUCAACUAUACGGGCGCGAACUUUGUGAAAGACGAAAAGCCCGACGAUAUCCAAUCGUGCAGCUUACUGAGUUUCGAGGACGAGUUAGAGCUAACGCCUAGGACCGAGUCUGCAGUGCAGGGUCCGUCCACCGCUAAAGACCCUGCCCCGGGCCCAACCAGAAAGGGCAAGUCCAAGAAACGCUUUCCAGCCAAGGGUAGCGAAGAGUAUGUGGAGAAGAGAGCAAGGAACAAUAUAGCUGUGAGAAAAAGUCGCACAAAAGCGAAGCAACGUCAAGCCGAGACAGAAGGACGGGUUAAGACAUUAACUGACGAGAACGAACGCUUGCAAAAGAAAGUCGACUUGCUGUCGAAAGAACUGAACGUUUUGAAAAGUUUAUUUUUAAAUGUUGGAGCAGCAUUACCAGCAGACUUUGAGUCAGUCCUACAAAAAUGACACCUUGAAUAGGUGUAGUGUACAUACAAACAAUGAGAGUGACAUUUCAGCUAUUGUGGACAACACGUCUGUGACGGCCUACUUUCUCUUUCAUGAGCUGACUUUGAAACAUUUCAAUUGUUUUCAUAAACAUUUCUAUGAGAAAGUAAAUCAUUUUUGCCAGUGCCAUACUAAAACGUUUAUUACUUACUUUUUAUCCAUUGUCCUUCGUUCGAUAUCACCAGUUUUGUAUCAAUAUUUGAUAUAUUUUAAAACUAAGAUGCGAUGAAAGGCGAAGGACAUAGGUUGUACAGUUAGCACGGCUGCAGUGCAAUCCAGGUGUAACUCACUUGUUAUACUGGUUUGUUGUUCAGCCAUUGUUAAUAUGUUAUGAUCUGAAAUUAUAUAUCCUAUAAUAUAGAAUGAUGUGUAGUUCACGAAAAUCUGGCAUUUGUGGUUUUAUUGGAUAUAAGGAUAUACCUAUAUUUACGUACAUAAUGGAUGGUUUUAUGCGCGCUGCUUCGCCCAAAUGAAUUAAUUCGUUGAAAUAGUGUCUAAAUCUGGUACAUGCAAGGAGAUAAAGGUCUAUGAUUUGCAUUGCAAAAUUACAUUUUUUCAAAAGUUUAAAUGGGGCCAAUGUUAAGUUUUCAACCUUGUAGUAGCUGGCUUACAAGUUCUUUGGGAAUAGUUGUAUAUACACGCCCACUCUCGCAUAGUGUAUUUUACGCACGCUUGUUAAAACCAUCCAAUAUGGCGGCAAUCAGUUUAUUUAGCGCUCGUGUAUAGGUAGCUGGCUGUUUUGCAGGGUCAUUCACGAGUUUUAUGCGGCUUAUUAGGUUAUGUAAGAGGGAGCUGAGCGGCUGUAUUUUUGUCGGCUAUACAAGGAAUUAUGUUAUUAGCCAUUGUUAUAAUAGGCAUUUACAUAGCUGACAGUUUUGCUGACUCAGCGAGAUGUUUUUUUCAAUGACAACUUGGCUUCAGGUAGAGAAAGAGGUAUGAAGAAGGGCGGUAGAAGAGGGUGAGAGUCAAAGAGAGUCCGACGAAGUAUAACGGCAGUGAGCCCCCGUGAGCGAGCCGCAUGCAGACAGGUCUACUGCUGUCCUCAAAUAAUCGCCGCCGUCUUCCCUGAAACUAUGGGUGCUCGUGUGGCCUUAAGUCCCAAUCUUCACUCGGUCUGGUCAAAUGGGGAAGAUAUAAUUCAAACAUGGUCUUUCUAAAUAUCAACAGAACGCAAACGUAAGUGUAAAACACAGGGUAAGUGAUUUGCCCCUUCUGCACGACAAAAUGGAAUUCAAAAUGCGCAAAAAAUAGGAAAAUUUGGGUUUUACGGCUGGGAGGGGGUUGUAAUAUUAGAAUAAGAAAAAAAAGCAAAAAAAAAGCAAAAAAUUAAACGCAAAAAAAAAAAAAACAGCGAAAAAAAAUGAACAAAAAUUAAAAAAAAGUCUGAAAGAGAGAGAGAAAAAAAGAGGAAAGUAUAUUAAUGUUUUAUGUAGAGGGACAAGAAGCAUCCUUCUCAUCCUUGGCUGACGAGCUGUCAGAUAUUCGGUCCAGUUGUGUAGAUAGGAUUAGCCAAAUAAAUUGCCACCUGCAUGUAUAUAUGGACGUGAAGGUUGGUCACUCUUGAGUGGUGUAUUUUACAUAUUUGUUAAGAUCUCUGGCGCGGUUUCUCAAGUAUUCGAAUCUGAAAACAGAAUAACAUGGCUUCGGUGGAUCGAUUUGUUCAUGGAAAUUUUUGCAUUAUUCUUUAAGCCAAGAUUGACUUCUAAAGAAUAAAUAUUAUAAUGUGGUAUAACAAAUCCUGGCCACAUCUUCAGAGAAAUGCCGUACACACACUGAUAUACACAGGUAACAACUUUAUAACGCAUUUUUCUACAAAAAGAGUAAUUUUUCGCAAGUGAAAAACGUUUACCAGACGUUGGUAUCGUACAGCAGGAAUAUAUAUAUGCACACACACUUUUAGAGAAAGAACACAAGGGAAAUUGUUUUGGUUGAAAUAAUUUAUUGUUGCUCUACAUUUCAUGUAGUCACACAUACAGGGGCGGGAAUAUAGACACUGAACAAAUCAGUAAUAUUAGUAGAGACAUUUGGGGGAAACCUGUCACAGACAAGAAAGAAAAUGCAAGGUUCAAAUCCACAUACUUUGAAACACGCAACAUAUUAUAUGCAUUAAAAAACAAAAACAAAAAUAAUAAAAAAAACAUAUAUGACAUAGGAUGUGAUACAUUCGGCUAUACAUAUAUGUAUUCAAAUGUCUAUGUGGACAAACAGUAAAAUUAGAUUAAAAACAAGAGAACAGAAAAGGAGACCACACACGUUUUAUAUAUAUACAUAUAUAUAUGUACAACAAAUGUAAACACAUUUUCAAUAACUAUAUAUUCUCACGAGAAAAAUUACAUUUAGUACAUACCCAAGUGAAAGCCAUGUUUCACAGUUUUCAUUUCAUGGUAAUAUUGAAGCCAUACGCCCUCAACAUGCAUGCAUAAAAUGGCUACAAAUUUACCAGAAGCCUCUCUGCAAGGAAUCGUAUAACCAAUGUAAUCAAUGAGAAAAAUUCAAAAUACUUUCUACUAAAAUCAAUAAAUAGAUAUACUUAGUCCCAUAUUAAUGAAAUGCAGAGAAACUGAGAGCACGAAAACUGAGGAGGGUGUUAUAUAUGCAAAUAAAACAGAAAUAUACAAAAGACAAGCAUGUUGACGCUAUACUGACAGACAAUUAUAUUAUCAUUAUAUAUACGUUCAGGUAAUUUUUUUGAAGUAUAAAUUUUGCAUAUACAUAUAUACAUAUAUUUGCAAAUAGAAAAAUGAACUGAUUUCACGAAAAUCAGUAAAUACAUAUUUGCACAAUUUAGAGCAGAGAGGAAUGUAACAAUUAGGAGCUGUAUAUGCACAUGUACAUCUACGUUCACUUCAAAUUCGUUGGGCGCUAUAAUUUCUGUGUCAGUAGGCAGAUAUUUUUUGGGGUACUAAUUAUUAAUUCGUGCAGUCACCAUUUAAUCGCAGUGUAUAACAUCGUGUGUGCAUAUUGUCAUGUUAUACACAGCAGCAAUCAGAGUCUAAUGAACCAAACUUACUAGGAUAUAGAUGAACUAUAGUAGUUGGUAAUAUAUGUUUCCCGGGGAACAGCUGACACUGUUUUGUUUAUACUUAUAUAAUAUCUGCAUACCUAUAUAUAUAUAUAUAUGCUUGGUGUUUCUGUAGAACUUGUUUUAGAAUUAGGUUACCAGUUUUUAAUAUCCAUGUAAGUUUUAUGCUGAUAAAAUUGUUUUCUGAGGGCAUGUGGUUUUUCUUUUGAUAAAAUAUUUUGUGAAUCUGUGCUACUUGCU